AUGCUUUCCUCGAGACUGAAGACUCCUGACGACGGGUGGGAGACGGCGCCGGAGUAUCAAGUACGGUGCACAUUCACCGUCGAAAGGUUUCUGCAGGUGACAGAUCUAUUGCUCGAGAAUCCAAAUCUAAACUCGACUCAUCUGUUCCGAGCCGAUAUCCUCUACGACGACGCCCACCUCCUGAGAACAGUCUCCGAGAAAGAGACAUGUUGUCACAUUGGCAGCUCGGUCGACAUGGAAGACGAGGCUUCCUCUCCCACAGAGCCUGUCGGUGCAGCCUCCAAUGCAGCGCCCUUCGUGCCGGGCGCCAUCUUGCGCAGGAAGGUGUUAAGAAGGCUCAUUCCUCGGAAACCACAGGUCGAUCGUCCCCUGGACCAGUGGUGUUACAUUUACAGACUGGCUGACGGCCCAGAGAUAUCUGGCUAUGUUGUGCUCUAUGUCCCGGUCGUGGAAGGAGAAGCUGGAAUGCCGUGGUACCAUCCACCAGUCAAGGCACUGGCAUACGUCUACGAAGUCAAGCACAAGGAGGGUGAGUCAGCGUUAUCUGUUCACCUCUUGCCUUUCUACAAAUCCUCAGAUCCGUUGCCGACUCGUUUGCAUCGCACCAUGAUUUCUUUACUCCAAACGUUCGUUAGACUUUCAAAGAGCACGACAGUGGAGCGCCGUGAGACGGGAGAGCAAUGUGGCGAAGAGCGAACAGCAACAGAACUGUCUCUGGCACCUGCUGCUCUGAAAGACACUAUUCUCCCCCAACAUAUCGUCCAGGACACCUACGCUCGCCUCAAACAACAGUAUGCGCAUGACCUCAUUUCCCGCUGGGUCGAGAAGACCGAGCCGUCCAAGCACGUCUUUGAGGAUCUCUCCAUCGCCGCCUUCCUCAUUGAGCUUUGGAAGCAAAUGUAUCCUCCGGGGACCUUUCCGGGCUUCAUCGACUUCGCGUGCGGGAAUGGCGUGCUCACUUACGUGCUGAUCAAGGAGGGCUUCCGUGGACGGGGGUUCGAUGCCCGCCGUCGCGCUACCUGGCAAGUCCUGGAGAUGGAAGACUAUCUGGACGUCAUGGUCUGCAUUCCGCAGCCAUUCCUGGAUCACGCGCCCGCCGAACUUACCAUCGAUCGGCUCCACGAGGCAGGCAUGAAGAUUCACAACGGGCUCUUCAACGGUGUCUUUAAUGGACUUCGAAACGGGGUUUUCAAGCCCGGCACGUUCAUCAUCUCCAAUCAUGCUGACGAACUCACGCCGUGGACGCCACUGCUCGCGGCCCUCUCAUGUCCGGAGUCACCCCUUCCGUUCCUCGCCAUCCCAUGCUGCUCUCACGCUCUGAGUGGUGCGAAGCAUCGUUAUUUACCGAAAGACAUCGCCUCACCUUCUCCCUCACCAAGCAUCAACGGUAAUGAACAUCAACCCGCAAAUGGAGAUCUGAAAGCUCUCCGAGCAGCGAAGCUGAAAGCCGCAACCCAUCAGGACGACAAGUCGAUGUACGCGUGCUUGACCAAGAAAGUCGUAGCUCUGGCACAGGAAGUGGGCUGUGAUGUCGAGCUGACACUCAUGCGGAUCCCAAGUACCAGGAACAUCGGCGUCGUGGGGAACAGGAAGAGGACGUUCGGCAACGUCAACGGUUUUCUCGGUCAGGCGAAGCCACAGAGCCACGAGGUCGAUCUGCAGAGAGAAUCAACCACCAACAACUCAGCGGUUGGGUCAGCACCUGCGGUACAAGAUCAAGUCGACCAAUUGCUGACCCGUGAAUGUGCAAUGUCGGGAGGCAUAGCCGAGGCGGCAAGGACAUGGAUCGAACGAGCACAGAAGCUUCAGAAGGGCCCGGGAAGAGGGAAGGUCAAUCUGGGUGGAAAACCAGAAGAGAACUAUGGACAUGGGUGA